CACACUUCCUCACCGCUGCUGCUGACUAAAAUAUAACUUGUCAAUUCAAAAUUGACGGUUGUCGUCAGCUGUGCUCAAGCAAGGUCACACAAUGUGAGCAAGCCAUGACCUGCCAGGUCCCCUGGGAUAACACAAGCCGGGUGUUCAGCAUGGAGCCGACCGCUGGCUGUUUCCCGACAGUCCCAGAGCGAGAACUGUACCGCAGCGUCCAGGCUGUUCUGCCCAGAGAAACAGACAACAUGAAUGCUACAGACUGUCUCAACAAAGGCAUGCUGAGAUGGACUCUACACAAGAAGGUUUUGAACAAUCCGGCCAACAGCUUGUCUCUGCUGUGGGUUUUGAUAGAAGAGCUGGAAAAGGCGGAGAGGUGGAACAGUUGUGACUGCAUUAUCCCUUUGCUCCACACACUCAUGUAUGCCAUCAUUCAGACAGCCUACAUCCCAGAUGAGCUCUACAAACGUGCUUAUGACUCCUGCAAGCGACUGCUGACCUACCCCCAGCCUUACUGCACCGUUGGCCUCAGCUACACCGAGCAGAUAAAAACUGAACGUUCCAUUCCAGGUCUACUCUACCAGAGGAUAAUGGUAGCAGAACAGAGACUAAAGAAUGAGCAUUAUCCCUUUCAAGAGAAGGUUUUUGUUCUGGCUGAUCCCGAGGUCUUUUCUGGCUCUCUGGCACAAGUCAUAAUGGAUGACAUUGAGGCAGCAAUGGCCCCUGUUUCAAGUCCAACAGCUCACAUGCGCAGUGUGAUCCAACACUCCAUCCAGGCUGCUUUAGGAGAGCAGUGCCAUGGAGCCAAACUGGCCAAGACACUCAAUGAUAUGGAUGUCGAGCCUUAUUUUCAGGAUGUGUUGGUGACUCUGGAGCAGUGUGUCGAAGAGGGCCCAGGCGGGGUGGGGGAAACACUGAGGAGCCGUCUUCAGCAGCUGCAAAGUGAAAUUGGUGCAGCCUCAGAGCCUGUUUCCGUUGGACCUCUUUCUGACUGCCCGCUUCCUAACCCCGAGAUGAGCUUCCACCUGUGGACAGAGGAUCUGGAUAUCUGGCGAGAGGUGGCCAAAUGGCUGCGAUCCAGCUCCACAACAGAGCAGUUCUCCCUUAGUGCGGAGCAAGAAGACCCCGAGCUGGGAGACUCACCUGGCGAACUAAUGCCAUCUGACAAGACUCGCUUCUCAGUCAUGUCCAAUGACAGCGGCAUUGAGAGAGAUCUACCCCCUGGCAGUGAUGCCUCGCCCAUGGCAUCGCUCGAUUCCAGCAAUGCUAAUGCAUCGUGGGAAGCCUGCAAAAGCGAGCAACAGUCAGCCAAGUUGUCCCGCCGUGGAGGCAUGAAGGUGAAACCGUCCGUGAAGGACAGUGUGGUGCUCAUGCAGGACACACUGGAAGGUCACAUUUGUCUGGGGACAGGAGGACUUGGGGGCAAGGAAGGAGGAAGGCGGGUCACACUGCAAAGGCGAGCAGGAAGCAAUGCAUUGCGGAACCCCUUCCCCAAGCAGCAGAGACACUUUACCGCUAGGAUUGUCGUCAUGGGGAGCGAUAGUGUAGUGGGCCGCCUGGCUAAAGCCUACUACUGCUUGAGGAAAAGGGAAGCACGGAGGCUUUUUCUUACAAUGAAAGUGAACCUGCAGUUUUACUACAUCCCUGUCUGUGCAGCGCCAACUGCUGCCUCCUCUCACAAGGAGAACCAUCAGUUAAAACAGAGUUCCUGCACACUUGGUUCCUACCUGAGCAGGGUUGACCCGUGGUACAACUGCAACAUCAACAGUUUGGGUUGCAUGAUUCCCAAACUGGCUAAAAUGCAACAAACAAACCCAGCAAGCCCAAAAGAGCCAUUUGUGUCUGACGUCAUUUCUUACUAUGUCCGUAUGGGCCAACAGCCGGUCUACUUCAACAUCUACUUUGUAAAGAUCACCUUUACAACCAUGACAAAAGAACCAGUGGAGGAUGCCUUUCUCACCCAUUUGGAGGUGGACGUUUCAGAGCUCAGACCCUCCAUGGCUCCAAUGAGAGAGAAGCAGAAGAAGAAUGUAGCGGACGUAUGCGGGGCCCUUGUCUUCAUCAAUUACAAAAAAGUGACACUAAGUGGUCGUGAUGCCGACAGAGGGAUGCCAGUCAGGACAACUGGUGUUCACGUCAGUGCUAUUCCUUCCAAUGCAACAGAAGAUCUGACUUGUUUAACACUUACCUUCAAGGAAGCGUCUGCAAAAGCUAAAACCAACAAUGCAGAAUCAAAAAUCAGGAGCAACGACAUCACGAUUUGUUCUCUAGAGAGUCGAUCAUGCCUCAGAGUUACAAUAGACAGAGAUUCAAAAAGGACCUACAACAAUGUGCAGAGUAUUGAAAUUGUGCCCUGCCUUGACCCUGGAUACUGUGUUCAGAAAAGCAUGAUGUCCAAAUUAAACCUUGACGAGGACAACGACGCCGGACUGAGCAAGUACAUGAGCAAAGGACUUCCUCUACCUGUCAACACAUUUGCUGGCAUCAUCAACUGACUUCUGCAUUACCACAUAUAUUAUAGGAGAACACCCUUAACCCUGUCUGCUUUGACAUGUGGAAACAUGAAAAACAUCACCUUGUGCGGUUUGCUAACAUUGUGGAUGCAUAAGUCAAAACUAACUGAAGGCCUAGUGCAACAAAUACAGUGCUAUUUACUUCUUUUUUAUACAUUGUGCUGAUAGUUUUAACAGAGAAUGAACUGUGCUGACCCACAUGUAAAACUGACGCAACUAAUCUGCCAUUACAGAGGAAAGUGACUAUAAAGACACAACAUGUUGGCAGUAUUCUGUUAGACAAACUUGUUUAUUGAAUUGCACACAUGCCCCAAACCAACCUCACUGUCCCAUUGUAGCUUUUCUUGUUGGAAAUGUCUCAUGUGUUUAUAUCAAAACUGUAGGACCGGUCUGAGAGCAGCUGUGUGUACAUAAGUAUACCACUCUUGACUGCAAAUUAUCAUGGAGUCAUUGGUUUUUGAGGGCCUUUUGAUGAUAGACUGACUGACUACUUGCUUAUUAUUCAUGGAAGAUGUGAUUGCAUCUCUUCACACAGCCACCUGUGUUUCAUAUAGCAUCAGAAUCAUUGCAUUAUACACUGAAAAAGCUACUCAGAAGAUUUUAUUUGUAUUUUUAAUAAAUGCUCACACCCUCAGACAAAUUUUGUUAAUCCUGCAGGGUGAAACCAUCACAAAUGUAUUUAUUCAUUAUCUGUUUUGCAUAAAAUGUUCGUGCAGUUUGUCAUGAGAAACGUAUG